AUGGAUUUUCGCCGCGACGACGAGAUCUCGAGCGAGAUAGGAAGCAUGUUCCUCGAACCGAACAUGCUCGACCCGACUCUCAUGGUCAAUGGAGAAUGGGACGAAGGAUUCGGCCAAGCUGGCGCAUGGUCGAACACUCAAUACGCAACCUACCCUCCACCAAGCAAUCCACAAGGAGACAUGGCCAUGUCAGCUGGCGGCCUGCUAGACACGACGUACAUGUGGACCGCUGGACACCUAGAACAAUUUCAACCUGGCCUGCAAUCUUCCCAGAGCUUCGGCAUGCCUUCAGGUGCUGCACCUCCAAUGCCAUACAACAACUCAUACGCCCUCGCACAAUCGACGACUCAGCCGGGAUCGGGGUUGAACCACUUCAGUCCACAGCAUCAGCCAACACAACCACGACCUCAGCUGCAAGUGGCUACCUCGUCGGCCGCUCUUCGUCCGCAGAACCAAGUAUAUCCUCACCAGCUGCCACGUUCGGCCCCUCCAAGAGCAGCACCGCAUAUUUUCAUCCAGAGAGUCGACUCGAUUCCGCGAGAGAUGCCUGCGCCUACGACGUACAGCGAUCGCAGGCCUCGGGCUCACAGCGAUGCAACUAUGCCGCUACUUACACACGCACAAACAGAACCCGACCUCCCCAGAGCCAACAAUCUUUUAAGUCCCUCGAGCCCUUACACUCCAGUUAUGGAUCGUUUCCUCCAAGAAGAGCACGCUGUACCCCAAGGCCACAUUGCACAAGCUUCCAUCGAAUCUCCUCGCAGUCGUUCUGCCUCCAGGUCCAGCCGUGGCCGCCACAAGUCGGUUUCACGCAGCCCUACACAUUCGAGGGAAAGCUCUGUCGUCAGCUCAAGGAGUUCCAUGUCCGGCGAAUUCCAAUGCCAGGAAUGCAACAAGCGGUAUGCCACAAACUCCAAGCUGAAGCACCAUAAGCGGUAUCAUACUCCAUAUGAAGAGCGCAAAAACGUUUGCGAAGAAUGCGGACUUCGAUUCCUGUUUAAGCGCGAGCUCGUUCGACAUAUGCAGACCAUAACUCACGGUGGCCGCCCUUUCGUCUGCUCAAACUGCACUAGUGCGUUUCCCCGACAGGAUCAUCUUGACAGGCAUAUAGUCAACAAGUCAUGCAACGAUCGAGCCGUGACGCCGACGCCUUCAGAUAACCCAUCGAACCCGCCUUCGACAGGCUCGUCCGUUGGUCUUCAGUCCCGGGCUCGGGCCAAAUCUACGGGCGACCUUCGUCAAGACACCCCAUGCUCGGACUUUGGUCUCAUUCCUCAAUUGCAAGUGUUCGAGUUGCCAAACCACAUGCAGGAUAACCUCGAUUUCGACCCAAGCGUAGAUCCGAGCUUGUACGACCCAUCCUUGUGCAUGGACACCUCAAUCGAUUGGCAACAGGACCCUUCUUACGACGAUCCUUUUGUUUACCAGCAGUAA